AUUCUAAAUACAAAAGUUCAUGUAACUCUUUCAAUUAUUCCAGAAAAAAACUGUUUCAUUUUUCAAGAUCGACGGAACACAACCCAAAACAACAACAAGACUCAUCAAUGAAAAUCAAAACGAAGCGAUCAAAACGAAAACUGGGGUUACCAGCUGCAAUUAUUCUUUGUUCUUUGUUCUUUCUUGCCGGUUUCUACAGUUCCAUUUUCUUCCCCCACGAUGUACCUGUUACUAUACCGAGGUUAAGAAUGCUUGAAGUAGCUGAAGGGGAUCAUGAUACGAAGCCGCAUGGGCUUACUGGAGAAGCUUCUGUUGAAUCCAUUCCUUUUCAGGUAUUAAGUUGGAAACCAAGAGCACUUUAUUUUCCGAAGUUUGCGACUCCUGAACAAUGCGAAAGCAUAAUUAAAAUGGUUGAGUCUAAAUUAAAACCAUCUACACUAGCUUUGCGAAAGGGAGAAACUGCUGAGAGUACCAAAGGAACUAGAACAAGUUCAGGAUCAUUUGUUAGUGGAUCAGAAGAUGAAACUGGGACCUUGGACUUCAUCGAGAAGAAAAUUGCAAAGGCUACAAUGAUCCCGCAAUCCCAUGGAGAGGCAUUUAAUAUCUUGCGUUAUGAAAUCGGGCAGAAGUAUGAUUCGCAUUAUGAUGUGUUUAACCCAGACGAAUAUGGUCCACAGUCAAGCCAAAGGGCUGCUUCUUUCUUGCUGUAUCUGUCUAAUGUGGAAGAAGGUGGAGAAACCAUGUUCCCCUUCGAGAAUGGCUCUGGAGUAAGUCCUGGUUUUGAUUACAAACAAUGUGUCGGUUUGAAAGUGAAGCCUCGGCAAGGUGAUGGGCUUCUAUUUUACUCAUUGUUUCCAAAUGGCACAAUUGAUCCGACAUCUCUUCACGGAAGCUGUCCAGUCAUCAAAGGGGUGAAAUGGGUGGCAACAAAGUGGAUUAGAGAUCAAAUAUGGACAACGGAUGAAUAGAUAUUAUUAACCUGCGAUUCCUCAUCUGUCGCAGUCGUUGUAUCACCUUUGUGGAAACACUAUCAAUUUCAUCACUCAGUAUGGACAAUUUCAUGUACUCUGGCGCGCGGAGGUUAGUUUACAAGUGAAAAAUGAAGAUAUUUUUAUCGGUGCA